GCUCACUUUUCGGUGAAAGACGUUGACGGUCAUUACUAUGUCCAGGCGCUCGCCAAAUUUCUGAAAGAGUCUGGCAAGGUAAAACAGCCCGACUGGGUUGACAUCGUCAAGUUGUCAAUCGCUAAUGAACAGGCUCCCUACGACCCAGACUGGUUCUACGUCCGCUGUGCCGCUGUUUUGCGUCAUUUGUAUCUGAGGCCCGCUGGCUUGGCUGGUCUGAGCAAAGCCUUCAGCCGACGAAAGAACAACGGUGUUCGCCCUUGCCACCGUGCACGUGCCAGCACAGCCGUUCUGCGCCGGUGUCUUCACCAAGUUGAGGCCAUGGGUCUCUGCAAAAAGCGAACUGACGGGUACGUAUCCUUACACUGUGAUGCCCAUCAUUUUUUUUGUUCAUAG